AGCACUCGUGAAAUCGAACCAAUAGUGUGACGGGACGUCAGUGCGGGUGACGUCACGGACCAGGAAGCUAUAAAGCACUCCUGAGAACAAAGAACGCCAGCUUCUGUGUCUUCAGCAGCGCUCUGUGUUAUCGUGUGUCUUAUUUGGUGUUGUCUGUCAUUUACAUAUACAGAAACGAUCUCUUUUGUUUGAGAACAAGAGUAUCAGUAUUACACCACAUAUAUAUGUAUGUGUUGCUCUUAGAAAUCAAAAUUGUAUUUUUCCUGUAUUAUUUUAAUAUUUUAUUUGUAUAUAUUGUUAAUUAUUUCCCCCGGGACUUUUAUUUUGAAAUCGCGAUCUGAUAGCGCUGAAGUGCGCAUGUUCUAGAACGGGCAGAAACGAGAGAGAGACAAAGAUGACGCAGCACAGCUCAUAUAUGCGAUCUUUUAACAGUUUAUUCUUGGAAAACAUUUGACUUUUUACAGUAAAGAAUAAUAACCAAGAAAAGUACGCCUUGGGACUUUAUUCUAAAUGUUCACUAUCUGUCUAAUGGAGCACAGUCACGUGCUAUAAGGGCAGAAUAGUAAAAAGUCAACAUCACAGCGGAAUAAGCUUAACAAGAUCACUGCAUGAACAGCUCAUGAUACUGCGGUCUUCUAAGACAGUUCCUCCCCCUGAAGAUAAAGUGCAACGCACAAUGGAGCAACAACAAGGAGCAAGCUAUCAACCAACUGAGGAAGGGGAGCAUAUAAAGACGUUCACAGAGCCUCUUCAGCAGAUUGAAAUACGAUCUCGAUCUUCCAGGUCAUCAUCAAAAAGAUCAAGCACAAGCUCAGCAGCCAUGAGAGCCCGAGCAAAAGCAGUUGCAGCACGCGCUCAAAUUGCCUAUGCAGAAAAAGAAGCAAAUAUGAUAAAACAAAAAGCGGAACUUGAAGCAAGUAUGUUGAAACAAAAAGCAGACUUGGAGGCAAGUCUACACAUCUUACAAGUGGAACGUGCAGCAGCAGUCGCUUCAGCUGAAGCAGCAGCAUAUGAGGAAGAAGAGGAAGAGCUUGAAAGUGGCAAACUUCAUGUAAAAUCAGUUCCUGACAUGCAGCCAGUCAAUGUUGCUCAGCGGACCUGUGAGUAUGUACAACAGCACUCAAGAGAAUCUUUCACAGAACACCCAUUCAAUGAUGAGCCCGUAGAAACCAAAGUUAAGCCACCAUUGACUUCAGUUGUGGCUGGUGUUGAUUAUACCCUGCUGGCGCCACCUAGUGCAGAUAUAGAUCAUCAGCGUCUCUUAAGCCAAAAGAAUGGUGCUGUAAAGAAAGAAACAAAAAAUGAGAAUGAUGUGAAACGAACAUCAUUUCAUCAUUCUUCACAAUAUGUACCAGAGACACAAGUUCCAUCAGAUCUAACUAAAUAUCUGAUUAGACGUGAAAUGGUCAGCUCUGGUCUUCUGAAAUUUGAUGAUUGCCCAGAGAACUAUUGGGCAUGGAAAGCUUCUUUUGUUAACUCAACUAAUGAUCUGAAUCUAACAGCCAGAGAGGAGUUGGAUUUGAUGGUGAAGUGGCUAGGAAAAGAUUCCUCUGAACAAGUAAAAAGAAUAAGAUCUGUGCAUGUUCUUAAUGCAACAGCAGCAAUUAGUAUGGCUUGGCAGCGCUUAGAGGAGUGCUAUGGAGCACCUGAAGUGAUUGAAAACGCACUUCUAAAGAAAAUUGAGAAUCUACCGAAAUUGUCAAACAAGGACAACCAAAAAUUGAGAGAGUUAGGAGAUAUUCUUCAUGAACUGGAGUGUGCAAAGGCUGAUGGGUACCUUCCGGGUCUUGCCUAUCUUGAUACUCCACGUGGGGUUAAUCCAAUAGUGGAGAAAUUGCCCACAAGCCUCCAAGACAAGUGGAUAGUUCAGGGGUCCAAAUAUAAGGAGGACCAUCAAGUAGCAUUCCCACCCUUUGUCUUUUUCUCACAAUUUGUGAGAACUCAAGCUAAGAUAAGGAAUGAUCCCAGUUUCACAUUUUCCACCUCUAGUAAUCAAUUAGCAUCAAGCAGAGCCGAACCUAACAAAUUCAGCGGAAAGAGUGCUAUAUCUGUACAUCGAACAGAGGUGCUAUCUCAGACGUUAGACCAGCAGUAUAACCAGCCUCAGAAACGAAUUGAAAGCCCUGAUCGACUAUGUCCUAUUCACCGCAAACCUCACCCUCUCAAAAAGUGUAGAGCCUUUAGAGAGAAAUCAAUAGAGGAGCGCAAAUCCUUUCUAAAAGAAAAUCAUAUCUGCUUCAGAUGCUGUGACUCUACCAAACACAUUGCGAAAAAUUGCAGAACUUCAAUCAGAUGCUCUGAAUGUAACAGCGAACGACAUGUUGUGGCUUUGCACCCAGAUUCAACAGUCUUGAUUUCAGAAAAGCCUGUCAAGGAGAAAGAACAAUGCGGGGAGCAGACUGAUAGCUCACUCACCUCAGUUACUUCAAAAUGCACAGAGAUAUGUGGUGAGUCCAGUCAUGCAAGAUCAUGUUCUAAAAUUUGUCUGGUGACAGUGUAUCCUGCUGGCAAAAGAGAGAAAGCAGUCCGGGUUUAUGCUGUCUUGGAUGAACAAAGUAACAGAUCUUUAGCCAAGACAGAGUUUUUUAAUCUUUUCGAGAUCAAAGCCAGCUUUUCCCCAUACACUAUUAAGACCUGUGCUGGGGUAAAUCAGACUUCUGGACGGAGAGCCAUCAACUUUAUGAUAGAGUCGAUAGACGGACGAACAAAACUCUCACUGCCAACCUUAAUCGAGUGUGAUAUGCUGCCGGAUGAUAGAACAGAGAUUCCCUCUCCAGAGGUUGCUCAGCAUUAUCUGCACUUAAGGCCAGUUGCAAAUCAAAUCCCUGCAGUUGAUCCCGAUGCUCCUAUUCUCUUACUUUUAGGAAGAGACAUUCUGAGGCUGCACAAAGUUAGAGAGCAAAUAAAUGGACCCAAUGAUGCUCCAUAUGCUCAGCGACUGGAUCUCGGAUGGGUGAUAGUUGGGGAGGUAUGCUUGGGAACAGCGCAUCGCCCUUUGAGUGUGAAUGUCUAUCGAACACAUGUGCUCAGUAACGGUCGCACAUCAUAUCUCACUCCUUGUCCAAAACAGAUUCAGGUGAAGGAAUGUGUAGAUGGAACACCAAAGCAACACUACAUGUUACCAGAUAACAAUGGGAAAUCAAGUUUAAGGAAAACAACCGAUAACUUAGGCUGUGCAGUGUUCCAAACAACGCAAGACGAUGACAAACCUGGUCUUUCUGUGGAAGACAAAACUUUUCUAGAAAUCAUGGGCCGUGAUGUCUUCCAAGAUUCUGCAAAUAGCUGGGUUGCACCAUUACCUUUUCGCUCUCCAAGGUCUCGAUUGCCAAAUAACAGAGAUCAGGCUAUGAAACGCCUCAUAUCACUGCGCAGAACUCUAGAUAAAAAACCUAAGAUGAAAGAUCAGUUCAUUGAGUUCAUGCAAAAACUUUUUGACAAUGACCACGCAGAGAAUGCUCCUUCUAUAGACAAAGAAAAAGAGAGCUGGUACCUUCCUAUGUUUGGUGUGUACCACCCGCAAAAACCUGAUCAAAUCAGGGUUGUGUUUGACUCGAGUGCAGAGUUUGAAGGCAUGUCACUUAACAAGGUAUUACUCAGUGGGCCUGAUUUAAACAACACACUCCUUGGGGUUCUUAUGAGGUUCCGCAAAGAGAGCAUUGCAGUGACAGCGGAUGUACAGCAGAUGUUUUAUUGUUUUGUUGUAAGUGAAGACCACAGAGAUUAUUUACGGUUUUUGUGGUAUGAAGACAACAACCUAGACAAAAGGAUAACUGAGUACAGGAUGAAAGUCCAUGUAUUUGGAAACAGUCCUUCACCUGCUGUGGCAAUUUACUGCAUGCGAUGUGCUGCUCUGCAAGGAGAAAACGAUCAUGGCUCUGAUGCAAAGCACUUUGUGGUGAGAAAUUUUUAUGUUGACGAUGGACUGACUUCAGUUUCCACUCCUGAGGAAGCCAUUGAUCUCUUUAGAAACACACAAAAAAUGCUUGCAGAGUCAAAUCUUAGAUUACACAAAAUUGCAUCUAAUAGCAAAACAGUUAUGGAAGCAUUUCCCAAAGAGGAUCAUGCCAAAGACUUGAAGGACUUAGACCUAGGAGUUGAUGAUUUGCCUGUCCAACACAGCCUGGGUCUCUCUUGGAACCUGGAGACUGAUAGCUUUAACUUCCAAGUGAAUCAAGAAGAGAAGCCAUUUACGAAAAGGGGUGUUUUAUCCACAGUGAAUAGUCUAUACGACCCACUUGGAUUUCUUGCUCCGGUUGUAGUCCAAGGAAAAGCUUUGCUCAGAGAACUUUCUUCUGAACAAAGUGACUGGGAUGCACCUCUUUCAACUGAAAGACAAGCAGAGUGGAACGAAUGGAGAUGUUCUCUAAAGACGUUGGAAAAUUUGCAGAUUAAGAGACCGUAUGUACCUGUUCCACUGUCUGCCACACAAAGGAAGGAAUUAUGCUUCUUUUCGGAUGCCUCCACAGUUGCAAUAGGAGCAGUGGCUUACCUUAGGGUAAUUGACGCUGAUAACCAAUGUCAAGUUGGGUUUGUCUUAGGGAAAGCAAAGUUAGCCCCUCGUCCAGCUCACACCAUGCCUCGCCUGGAAUUGUGUGCGGCUGUGCUAGCAGUAGAAAUGUAUGAAAUUAUCAGGGAUGAGAUUGAUGAGGAAAUAGACUCAGUCAGGUUCUUCACGGAUAGCAGGAUAGUCUUAGGAUAUAUCUAUAAUGUCACCAAGAGAUUUUAUGUAUAUGUAGCAAAUAGGGUAGCUCGGAUAAGGAAAUCAACACAUCCUGGACAGUGGUGUUAUGUGAAUACCAACAACAACCCAGCAGACCUUGCCACCAGAGCUGUAUCAGCAGAACGUUUGCAGUACACAUGUUGGUUUUCUGGACCACAAUUUCUACUCCAGAGCAAUGCCCAAGAAUCGGCUGAGACUUUUGAAUUGGUGGAACCUGAUGCUGAAAUUCGACCUGACAUUUCAGUCCUGGCAACAAAGAUUUCUGCAGCUCAGUUAAGCUCUCAUAGAUUUGAGAGGUUCUCUAACUGGAAGACUCUCUGUAAGUCAAUAGCUCGACUAAUCCAUAUUGCAAGAUCCUGUUGUGGAAAAACAAAUGAGGCUCAUUGCAAAGGUUGGCAUUACUGCAACAAACCCUUUAGCCCAAGUGAGUUGACACAAGCCACGAAUACAAUCAUACGCUGUGUGCAACGCGAAACAUUUAUGGAAGAGUUUGAGUGCCUUGAAAAUAGAGUAGUCCUUCCAAAGCAAAGUCUCCUCCAAAAAUUAAAUCCAGUAAUUGAUGAUGGUUUGCUGAGAGUUGGAGGUCGCAUAUCUUUAUCAGACCUGUCUCAAAGAGAAAAGCAUCCUCUCAUUAUUCCACAGAAACAUCAUAUUGCCACCCUCCUGGUAAGACACUAUCACAACCAAGUAGCACACCAGGGACGCCAUUUUACUGAUGGAGCCAUUAGAGCUGCCGGAUUUUGGAUAAUAGGGAGCAAACGUCUCGUUUCCAACAUCAUUCACAACUGUGUUAUCUGCCGCAAGUUAAGAGGAAGAUUGCAGACUCAAAAGAUGGCAAGUUUGCCGGCAGAUAGACUGUCUACUGAACCACCUUUUACUAACGUGGGCAUCGACGUGUUUGGCCCAUGGAGCGUAGUCACACGUCGUACAAGAGGUGGCAGUGCAGAUUCAAAGCGCUGGGCAGUGAUUUUUGUGUGCCUGUCUGUCAGAGCAGUGCAUAUCGAGCUGAUUGAAUCUAUGUCUACGUCAAGUUUCAUCAAUGCAUUGCGGCGAUUUUUCUCCAUCCGUGGCCCAGCAAAAAUACUUCGAUCUGAUAGAGGUACAAACUUCAUAGGUGCCUGCAAAGAGUUGAAAAUCAAUGUGAAUGACCCUGAGUUAAAUAACUAUCUCAGCGACUCAGGAUGCACAUGGAUAUUCAAUCCACCCCAUGCUUCACACAUGGGGGGAUCUUGGGAGAGACUCAUUGGAGUUACUAGACGAAUUCUGAAUGGUAUACUGAUUCAAAAACCCACACGCCUCACACAUGAGGUUUUGUCAACUCUAAUGAUGGAAGUUAUGGCAAUCAUCAACGCAAGGCCUUUAGUACCAGUGUCAACGGACCCAGACGCACCUGAAAUACUCACUCCAGCAUUGUUGUUGACACAGAAACUAAAUGCAGUUUUAGCUCCUGAGGGAGAAUUUGAUACAAGUGAUCUCCAUACAAAACAAUGGAAACAAGUGCAAUGUCUCGCCGAUACCUUUUGGAAAAGGUGGCGAAGGGACUAUUUGUCAACACUGCAGAAUCGCAAAAAGUGGAUUGAUGAGAAACCAAAUGUAAAAACUGGUGAUGUCGUGCUUUUGAAAGAAAGUCAGGUACCAAGGAAUAACUGGCCUGUUGGACUUGUUGUAAAAACCUUUCCAAGUGCAGACAAAAUGGUUCGUAAAGUAGAACUGAAAAUUGUUGACCAAGGAACCACUAAAUUCUUUCUGAGACCAAUCUCAGAACUAGUUGUUCUCUUUUCUCAGGAAUCGUAGAGACUUUCUGAAAGUUAAACGCAAGACAAAGUUAAAUGUCAGUAAAUAGUGGCAUAAUUUCAUUAUACCAUGCGGGGGAGUGUGUUGCUCUUAGAAAUCAAAAUUGUAUUUUUCCUGUAUUAUUUUAAUAUUUUAUUUGUAUAUAUUGUUAAUUAUUUCCCCCGGGACUUUUAUUUUGAAAUCGCGAUCUGAUAGCGCUGAAGUGCGCAUGUUCUAGAACGGGCAGAAACGAGAGAGAGACAAAGAUGACGCAGCACAGCUCAUAUAUGCGAUCUUUUAACAGUUUAUUCUUGGAAAACAUUUGACUGUAAGUAAUUUACAAAUUUAGUCAAGUUAUAGAUGUUUGUAGCAAGCGAUUUAACUGCCUGUAAUGUUUAUUUACAUAUUUUAUUUUCUGUAUUUGCAGUUUUACAGUAAAGAAUAAUAACCAAGAAAAGUACGCCUUGGGACUUUAUUCUAAAUGUUCACUAUCUGUCUAAUGGAGCACAGUCACGUGCUAUAAGGGCAGA